UUUGUCCCUCAGCGCGACCCGUGGGUUGUCCAGCGCUGGGAGGGAGCGAAGGAAGUGGGGAGGCGAAGCCGAAGCCACAGAACGAAGCCCCUGCAGCUGAUGCACUGCUGGCUCAAAGAUGGAGAGCGACACCACGGUCAGGAGAAUAAAGCCCUCCACCGGCACGCAGAACUACGCGUCGCAAGGCAACGACGGUCCGCGGGAGCGGUGCGGGGACAACGGCUACAGCGGCGACCCGAAGAGGAAGCCCGACGUGAGCCUCUACCUGCUGCGGGAAGGGCUGGCGACGUCCCUGGUGUGUGUGUUCAUCUUGGCGCUGUGGGCGCUGGUUCAUUUGUCGCUUCAGCAGCUCGUCAUUGGGAAACCGUCCGGCGACUUCAACGCGGCGAGAGCCAGACGGCACUUGGAGCAGAUCACCAGCGUCGGCCCGCGGCCGGUGGGCAGUCCGGAGAAUGAGGUCCUGACAGUGGGCUACCUGCUGGAGCAGAUCGAGAAGAUCCGGCUGGAGACGGCAGCGGGCGCCCAUCAGCUCAGGGCGGACGUGCAGCGUCCCACCGGCUCCUUCUCCAUCGACUUCCUCGGAGGCUUCACCAGCUACUAUGACCGCGUCACCAACAUCGCCGUCAGGCUGGAGCCCAAGGGCGGCGCCAAGCACCUCAUGCUCGCCAACUGCCACUUUGACACAGUGGCCAACAGUCCAGGUGCCAGUGACGACGCAGUGAGUUGUGCAGUGAUGCUGGAAGUCCUCCAUUCUCUGGCCAACCAGUCUGCUCCUCUUCAUCAUGGAGUUGUCUUCCUUUUUAAUGGGGCAGAGGAAAAUAUCCUGCAGGCCAGUCAUGGAUUCAUCACCCAGCAUCCGUGGGCCAAGCAGGUGCGAGCCUUUAUCAACUUGGAGGCUGCAGGUGUCGGGGGCAAAGAGGUUGUUUUCCAGACAGGUCCAGAGAACCCGUGGCUGGUCCAGGCCUAUGUCCACGCAGCCAAACACCCUUUUGCCUCUGUAGUCGGCCAGGAAGUCUUUCAGAGCGGUAUCAUCCCCUCUGACACUGACUUCCGCAUCUACAGGGACUUCGGUAACAUCCCAGGCAUUGAUCUGGCUUUCAUUGAAAACGGUUUCAUCUACCACACCAAGUACGACACUGCUGACAGGAUCCUGACAGACUCAAUACAGAGAGCCGGCGACAACAUCCUGGCGGUCCUGAAGCACUUGGUGACGUCAGACACACUGGCCGACUCGUCCAAGUAUCGUCACGGCAACAUGGUGUUCUUCGACCUCCUCGGGGUGGUCGUGGUGGCGUACCCCGCUCGCGUCGGCACCAUCCUCAACUACUUAGUAGCCGCGGCCACCUUCCUCUAUCUGGCCAAGAAGGCAUCUCUGCCUGGCAACGGGGGUGGGCGCUAUGUUCGAGAUCUGGCCUACGCCACGGGCGUAGCAGUGCUGAGCUGGUUCGUCACCCUGCUGUCGGUGCUGAUUGUCGCUCUGCUCGUCACGCUACUGGGCCGCUCCAUGUUUUGGUACAACCACUUCUACGCCUCCAUCUGCCUGUAUGGGGCAGCGGCCUCUGGGAAAAUGAUCCUUAUCCACACCCUCGCUAAGAACCUUUACUACGGGCAGGGUGUGCGACUGGUGGAGCUGGGCGAUCUGUAUUUUGAUGUGAGCUUACUCCUGUGGUGCUGCAGCCUGGUGUGGCUGACCCAGCAGGGCCUGUGUUCGGCCUACGUGCCCAUGCUGAUGGUGGCCUUCCCCUUGGCCACCAAGCUGCUGCUGGCCAAGGAAUUCAAACACAGAGGAGCUUCAGUGAAGUACAGCGUGCUCUACCUGCUGGGCCUGGCGUUGCCAUAUGUCCACUUCAUGUUCCUUAUCUGGGUGGUGUUUGAGAUUUUCACCCCAAUCAUGGGUCGCAGUGGCACAGAAAUCCCCCCCGAGGUGGUGCUGGCCUCCCUUGUCACCCUCGCCACCAUCUUCCUCUCCUCUUUCUUUCUUCAUUUCAUUUACUUGGUACGGAGCACUAAGUGGAUCCUGGCCAGUCUCGCCUCAGUCUUCAUCGUCGUGUUCCUGUUGAUGUCCUGUGGCUUCUUCUUCCCGUAUUCAGGCAGUCCAGACAGCCCCCGGCCCAAACGAGUCUUUCUGCAGCACACGACGAGGACGUUCCACAACCUGCAGGGCCAGGUGGAGAGCCGGGACUCGGGACUCUGGAUAAACAGUUUUGAUUACACGGGCAUACAGCACAUCACGCCCCACAUCCCCGAGAUCAACGACAGCAUCCGCACCCGCUGUCGAGAGGACCGGCCCUUCUGUGGUUACCCCUGGUUCCUGCCGGUGAAGUUCCUCAGCAAGAAGAACUGGUACCUCCCCGCCCCAGAAGUGUCUCCCAGCUCUCCGCUGGAGUUUAGCCUCGUGUCCAGAGAGGAGACCAGCUGGGGGACGGUCAAGAUGACCUUCAGGGCCAAAGGUCCCAGCCACAUGUCUCUGUAUCUGAUGCCUCACCGAGGAGCGAGCCUCUCCACCUGGUCCUUUGGCGACGGGACUCCUCAGUUUGACCUGAGCGGAGAAUAUUUCAUCUUCUACUCUCACGGCCUUGACGCCCCAACAUGGACCUUUUGGUUUGAAAUACAGCCUCCGAGGGAUCCGGACCCGUCGGGCCCCGAGGGGAUGAUCUCCGUCGCCAUCUCCUCCCACUAUUUCUUCGGGGAGGACCAGCGGACUGCUCAGCUGGAGGAAAUCCUCCACAGGUUCCCCACGUGGGCUUUCCCCUCAUUCUGGGUCAGCACCUAUGACAUGUACCGAUACUGAGGGACUUGCACAUCGCCGCGGAGGCUGACACUGACGAGAGCCGAGGGGGCCGCGGGGGCCCCAGAGGCAGAGACAAGGCGAUAUCGAGCAACAGCACUGGGGGGAACCGGCCCUGCUGCCUUUUUCACUCUGACACAAACACACAAACCUUAACACACACACACACACACACACACACACACACACACACACACACACACACACACACACACACACUCACACUCCCUCCCAGUCUGCCUGAGAGACCCCACAUCACUGUGUCAGUGAGGCCUCGUAGCUAACCGAGCAGGAGGAUGUGCCGAGACACGCCGGAGGUAAGCUGAGCAGAGAGCUCACAGACCAACACAAGCCUUGUGCUCACUACUCAGCUAGUGAAACUAAAAGGGGUUAAGAUUUUCUUCUUCUUUGAUUUUUAAAACUCAAUUUGUCGUGCCUUUGCCUCCUCACUCUCCCUCUUGCCCACUGCCUCUUCACAUCUUCCUCCCUCAUGCUAACACACUUUCCAAAAUGAAUCACGUCGCAAGGUUUCCUCCGCUGCUCACGUCUUAAUCGGCAAACUACUCGUCGGACCAGAUGCCUCUCUGGCUUCCUCUGCAGACAAAAUAACACAAUCACACCACAAUCUGCACUGCACUGUGGCCGAGUGACAGACUGACGGAUCUGUUCAGGGAGGAAAGGUGAAGACCUGGUUUUAUUUGAACCCUUCCUCUGACUCUAACUGGAAACUUUGACACUUUGAAAUUCACUUAUCGUCGCCGCCCUCUCGCUGGGAUACGUGAAAACACUUUCUGUAUCGGUUUAAUCAAACUGUGAAUUGCUCCUCCUCCUCACUAAUGACCACUAAUUUGCAGCAAGUCGUACCCGUUUUUGUUUUAACGGGGUUCGACGAGGAUGCUGCUUUUCACUGUCAGGGAGCCUGGCGUGCCUGUGGGCCGGAUUCUAAAUGUCAAGGUUUGUCAAAGUUUUUAAGAUUCGAUGAGAUCAGAACUCACAAGGAAACACGGAAACACACACACACACACACACACACACACACACACACACACACACACACACACACACACACACACACACACACACACACACACACACACACACACACACACACACACACACACACGGACUUGUCGCUGCGAGAAAUGUCUGGUUUGUGUCAACCUUCUCAAAAUGGAGGAUUUUCUGCUUAUUUCUCUUGAAAGUUAGUUUUUGCCGAAAUCUAUUGAAAAAAUGUACAAUUAUGUUUUGGUGCUUCUGAAGACGGCUUGUUGUGUCCACAAAUUCCUUUGGUGUUUUCCUAAAUUUGCUUCUAAUCUCAAGUGGAGCUGCAUCUUUAUUGUCAAUAAUUCGCAUAUCACAGCUACAAUCCAGUUAGUAUGAACAGUUUUAACACGUGUCCACACAGUAAAUCUCAUCGGACAUGUAACAGUCAGUGUAACCACUGCAUCAAAUACUUAAUGUCCGACACCAAGAUAGGAGUUAUUAAUGGACUGGUUUGAAUGUUGUUAGAAAUAUGAUGGUCGAACGUUAGAGAGAUUAAAGUUUAUAGGUGGACUGCCUCUAUCUAACGCAAAGUGGAGAUUAAUAGAUUCAUCCUCAGUGUUUCGCUGAAAUCUGCUAAAACUCUCACACACACACACACAUACACACACACACAUACACGCGCACACAAAGUCAAACAGCUGCUUGUUGUUUGUCCGGACGUUUUCACAUCAGGUCAUUAAAAACCUGGGAGAUUAUAUUUGCACUCGGGAGAUGAACUGAGAGAAAGUCAUCUUCUUCAGUCCACCUCGUGUUACGCCCCCCGGUGACGUGGCCUUGCGAGUUACACAGAAUAAGAGAUCCGACGUGAUGGAGACCUCAAGGUUUUGCUUACAAAGACAAAAAACAUCGUCGUGGUCUUUAAAGCUAUCAAGUUCCGCACUGUACUGCACUUCUACGCUAACUGGUGCCGGUUGGGAAGUUGAAAUCAAUAGCAGUCGGCAGUUUGUGAACAGAUCAUCAGAGGACGCUCUUUCUUUCACGCAUCUUCUGUAAAACGUGAUUAGAGAUUUAGAGUCACUGCGUUGGAGUCCACAUUAGGGAAACAAGGGGGUUUGAGAGUUAAUUUUCGAACUUGGAAACAUCAGUCGACCGAAACGAUCUGAUCACAAGGUGCUGCCCCGUCCUGCUGCUGUGAUCGGCAUCAUCCACCUCACCCUCUGAGGUCCGGGGGCGCUUUUUUAUUUUGACUUAGAUGAAUGGUCAAUCAGUGAGCAGAGCGGUUGACGAAGCAGGAAGUGAUGCGUGCGACAUGUUGGACUGUAAAGUCGGCCUCUUAGCUUUUGUCCUUAGAUUUAACAUCCAGCGAGGAGGCGCCUGCAAAUAACAAACCUCAUAUCAGAGAAAAGUCUUCAAAGCUGAAUUAAGCCACGUAUUUUACAAAGGACCUCCAGCUAACACACACACCCACACUGCUCUGUGUGUGUGUCUGCACGUCUGGCUGUGCAGCGCAGUCAAUAUUCUGCAGCAGAUAUGCAGCGUGUCUGCGGGAGAAAAAGCUUUAUUAACAAAUGUAAAUGAAUAUUUUUCUAAAAAAAAAUAAUUUGUUUAGUGUUGUUGUCGUUUGAGUUUUGUCAGUGGGUGAAAAGACUUGAAACAGACGCAACCAGAGUUACUGAUCAUUUCAAGUCACUGCAGAAAUGUGACAAUUUAACUUUUUUUUCUUUACACCUAUAACACUGAACAGUGGAUGAAUUACAAAGUGAGAACACAGGAGCGAGUGUAGGACGGAGCGGGGAGACGUUCGACGCAAAAGGCUGUGAAAUGGCUCAUCCUACGCCGUCGGUGCUCUCACGGCUACUGCACACCGAGCACCGCUGCAGGGCCGAACUUGAGAAGAAAAAAAAACUUUGGGGGAUGAAGUGAAUUUAAAUCUUUGCAGAAAAACAGAAUCCCAAGUUUUAUAAUAUAAUUCAGUUUGAAACAAGCACCGCACAGUGCGUUAUUUAGGUAUUUGUUUUCUCCCUUGACCAACUUGUGAUGAAAAUGAAGCUACGUCCAAAUGUCCAUAUCAGCUCGAGAAAGUUCGACAGGAAUCUAUUCCAACAUAUCUAUUUAAACGUCUUAAUGCCUUUUGUUGAAUUUUUUUUUUUAUAUAUAUAUAUUUUGUUUUAUUACCAGUUUCCCCCCACAACAUCUUGAUUUGUCACUCGUUCCUGUUUCUCUAAAAUAAUUUUUUUCUAAAAUUUAAAUUAAGGCUAUUUUUUAUAACAUGACUGAUUUUUUUGUGAUUUGAGACACUUCAAAAUAAGUUUCUCCUUUUAAACUGCUGUUUUGCUUUAAAAAAAAAAAAAUGCAUUUGUGUCCGUUAGUUAGAAUCGAUUGUUGUGACUUUGGGGCUCGACCCGGUUCACAGGGUAUCCAUCUGUUGAAUGGUUGGGAUGAUUUUAUAUUUUAUGCAAAAAAAAAAGCUUGAAUUAUACUAACAAUUGUACAGCAAAUAAAAAAAACGCUUGUUACAUCA